AUGAGUGGUGCCAUUGGUAGUGUUUCCACUGGUACUACACGGCUUGGUACUACAACCACUGCAAGAAGGAAUGUUGGUAAUAGUAGUACUUCACAAAUGAAUCCUGUUGUGAGGAAUGACAAUAGUAACACUUGUGUUCUCGAGCCAAGAGAUGGAAAUACUGCUGGUGUGACUGUUUACAACAAGAGUACUGCCAAUGUGAGUGGCUGUGGUAUGACAUUGCAAGAGGUUGGGAUGUCUACUAGAUAUGUAAGUAGGGGUCGUGGGUUUCUCAGGGCAUCUACCACAUGUGCUACCAGUAUUGCAUUUGAACCUGUUGCUUCACCUACCAAGCUGCCUGACAAGGAAGUGGAAGAAAAUCAAAUCAUCAGUGAUACAUCUGAUGAUGAAUGGGAAGCUGGAGAGUCAGAUGAAAUAAGUGAGAGUCAAAGCAGUAGUGAAGAUGAUGUUAGUGAAGAAGAGUUGGAGAAAGAGGAUAACAGUAAUGAUGGCAUAUCUGAAUGUCAAUCAGAAGAAGGGGAUAAUGUGGGUGAUGGAGUUGGGGGUGGGGACCAAAAUGUCACAUUUAGAGUUGGUCAAGAAUUCAAGAAUGUGCAUCAUUUCAGGGAGGUCCUAGAGGAUUAUGAAGUUCAAAAGGGCUUCAAAACUUUGGGGCAGAAGAAUGAGAAAUCAAGAGUAACUGCAGUAUGUGCUGGAAAUGGGUGUGUAUGGAGGAUCCAUGCUUCAGUAAUGCCUAGGGAUCGUAUCACAUUUGUGGUCAAAACACUUGUGGACAUGCAUACAUGUAAGAGAGAAGUUAGCAACUUGAAUGUAACUUCAAAAUGGAUAGCAAAGAAACUUGCUUCCAAUCUUAGGGCAGGCCUUGCAAUGAGCAACAAGGUAAUGAAAAAUAUGUUGAAGGAGAAGUACAAUGUGGAUACAACUAAUAUGCGACUGUAUAGGACAAGAUGGAGUGCCAGGGAUGAAAUUGAUGGGAGCCAUGCAAAGUCAUUUAAUAAGUUGGAAUCAUAUGGGGACAUGAUAAAAGCAAAAAACCCUAGCAAUUCAUAUGUUAUCCAAUACCAGAAUGGAAAUAUAUAUGGAGAGGAGGAUGCAUAUGGGGUGAUGAGAGUAAUUCCACAGUUUAAGCGUAUGUAUAUAUGCUUUGAUGCACGCAUACAAGGAUUUUUGAAGGGAUGUAGGCCAUUCAUAGGCCUUGAUGGCUGUCAUCUUAAAGGUUUAUAUGGAGGAGUCUUAGUUUCCGCAAUUUCAGUUAAUGGAAACAAUGGGAUAUUUCCAGUUGCAUAUGGAGUUGUAGAAUCUAAAGGAAAGGACAAUUGGCUAUUCUUCCUCCACCAUUUACAUGAGUCCAUUGACAGAUGCAUACAAAAUGUUUACAAUGGAAGCCCAACCCCUCAUGAUAUACUUACAUUUAUGACUGAUAAACAGAAGGGUCUUAUUGAAGCAAUUUCAACCAUUUUUCCAGAAGCAAACCAUCGACACUGCAGCAGACAUCUAUACAACAAUUUCAAGAAAGUGUUUGGAGGUGGGCCUACAUUACGAGGUUAUUUCUGGACAGCCAGCAAAGCAUAA